AACGUUUGCCACAGUCUUGCCAGCCACCGUGCAGAUAUGAAUAGAAUGGGGUCGAGUGCGUUUGAGUCUUGGAAAGCCAAGGAGAAGAAUACUACUUAUGUUAAAAGUCUAGACUGGGUUUUGUCCCCACACACAGUCCCCUCAUCUAAAACCUGCAUGACCCCCAUCAUCAAUCGAGGCAGUUCACGUCAUCUGGGCCAAACGGACCCGCUCCCAUUUUCCUGUUGCUCUCUCACUUUUCCUUCCUUCCUUGCUUCUUUGUGGCGACAGAUAUUACAGGACUGAAAUCAGUGGUCGAGAUGCCGAAUCAUAGGGUGCGUUUAAGCCUCUUGGACACGCCAUUCCCACCUCCCCACCUAUGGCCCGUCACGGAUACUGUAAUUUACAACAUUCUAAGAUGGACCUGAAACUGCUUUUGAUAUCUACAUUGGUUGGAGUCUUCUGCAACGCACAGAAAGAGGGGAAUGAGUGCAUCAGUGCAAAUGCCAGAUACUGCGGGGAGUGCAUCCAGGCUGGAGCGAAAUGUGGCUGGUGUACAGACCCGGACUUCCUAAAACAAGGUGAGACCGUGUCUACCCGAUGUGAUGAGCUGCAGUCUCUCACAAACAGAGGUUGCAUAGAGAGCUUGAUAGAGAACCCUCGUGGAGAAAAGAGGAUCCUCAGGAACAAAGCGGUAACCAACCGCAGGAAGGGAGCGGAGAAACUAAAGCCAGAAGAAAUCACACAGAUCCAACCCCAGAAGCUCAGUCUCACCCUCAGAUCAGGGGAGCCUCAGUCUUUCAACCUGAAAUUCAAGCGGGCAGAAGAUUAUCCCAUCGACUUGUACUACUUGAUGGACCUUUCUUACUCCAUGAAAGACGAUCUGGAGAACGUCAAGAACCUGGGAACCAGUUUAAUGCUAGAAAUGUCAAAGAUCACAUCUGAUUUCAGGAUAGGCUUUGGCUCUUUUGUGGAGAAGACAGUUAUGCCGUACAUCAGCACCACCCCAGCCAAAUUGUUGAACCCCUGCACCGGCGACCAGAACUGCACCAGCCCAUUUAGCUACAAGAACGUGCUUAAGCUCACCAGCGAUGGCAAAAGGUUCAACACCCUGGUGGGCCAGCAGCACAUUUCUGGAAACCUGGACUCUCCCGAGGGUGGCUUCGAUGCCAUCAUGCAAGUGGCUGUGUGUGGGGAGCAGAUUGGUUGGAGGAACGUGACUCGCCUUCUGGUGUUUUCCACUGACGCUGGCUUCCACUUUGCAGGAGAUGGCAAGCUAGGUGGCAUCGUUCUGCCUAAUGAUGGAAAAUGUCACUUGGAGAACAAUGCGUACACCAUGAGCCACUACUAUGACUACCCCUCGAUCGCUCACUUGGUUCAGAAACUGAGUGACAACAACAUACAAACCAUAUUUGCUGUCACAGAGGAGUUCCAGCCUGUCUAUCAAGAGCUGAAAAAUCUAAUACCAAAGUCUGCGGUGGGCACCCUGUCUGCUAACUCAAGCAACGUUAUCAACCUCAUUAUAGAUGCUUACAAUUCGCUCUCAUCUGAGGUCAUUUUGGAGAACAGCAAGCUUCCGGAGGGAGUGACCAUUGCUUACACAUCCCGCUGUAAGAAUGGAGUCAUUACUGAGGGUGAAAACGGACGCAAAUGCUCCAAUAUUUCAAUUGGAGAUGAGGUUACAUUUACCAUCAGUGUGACAUCUCAAGGUUGUCCAAAGCAAGGAAAGCCUGAGACAAUCAAGAUAAAGCCUCUGGGAUUCACAGAGGAGGUCGAGAUCACCCUCAACUUUAUCUGUGAGUGUAAAUGCCAUAAAGAGGGCGUCGCCAACAGCGAUGACUGUCACUUUGGGAAUGGGACCUACGAAUGUGGAGCCUGCAAGUGUUAUGAGGGACGCGUCGGCAAACAGUGUGAAUGCAGCAGCAACGACGUGGCUACAGAGGACAUGGACCGCACCUGCCGCAAAGAUAACGGCACGGACAUCUGCAGCGGCAAUGGCGACUGCGUGUGCGGCACAUGCGAGUGCAAAAAGAAGGACAAUCCGGAGGAGCGGUACAGCGGACAGUACUGCGAGUGUGACAACUUCAACUGUGACCGCUCGGAAAGCAAACUGUGCGGAGGGCACGGGCGUUGUGAAUGCAGAGUGUGCAUCUGUGACAACAUGUGGACUGGGAGCGCCUGUGAUUGUUCUCUGGAUACAAGCACGUGUCUAGCCAGCAACAAGCAGAUUUGUAAUGGCAGAGGCACAUGCGAAUGUGGCACUUGUAAGUGUACUGACCCUAAAUUUCAGGGUCCCACCUGCGAAACGUGCCCUACCUGUCCAGGGGUGUGCACUGAACACAAGGAGUGCGUCCAGUGUCGGGCUUUCGGCACAGGUGAGAUGAAGGAAACGUGUGAGCGGGACUGCAGCUAUUUCAACUUGAUCAAAGUGAAGGACAGGGACAAGCUGCCUCAGCCAAAUGACGCCUCUUACCCUGUGAUGCACUGCAAGGAGAGGGAUGCCAACGACUGCUGGUUCUACUACACCUACGCUGUCAACAACAACACAGAAAAGGAGGUCCAUGUGGUUGAAACGCUGGACUGUCCUGCUGGUCCUGAGAUCAUACCCAUUGUGGCGGGCGUAGUUACUGGCAUCGUCUUAAUUGGUUUAGCUCUGCUGCUCAUCUGGAAGCUGCUGACAAUCAUCCACGACAGAAGAGAAUUCGCCAAAUUUGAGAAGGAGAAGAUGAAUGCCAAAUGGGACACGCAAGACAACCCAAUAUACAAGAGUCCAAUCAAUCAGUUCCAGAAUCCAAACUAUGGACGUAGAGCUGCUGUCCUUUAAGGUGAAAAUCCCAUCUACAAAAGUGCUGUUACGACGGUGGUCAAUCCCAAAUAUGAAGGCAAAUGAUGAGCAAGAAUUUGAUAUCUUCAGCAUUUGCUGGAGGUUUGGCUUCUGAGGAGGAUCAUGUUGUUUAUUAUUGUUGCUUCGUCAUUACAAUGCACAUGCGUCUGUAUUUUUAUUAACACAUAUUUAUAUGCUUUUGUUGUAUUUUAGAUGUACAGUAUGUGUAUAUACUUUACAAAUUCAUAUUUCUUGAAAGUUUGUCAAUUGAAGUUGUUUAUCUAGCCUGCCAAAGGUCAGGUGCGGGCAUAUCGGUUCACUCCUUUUACCAGCAGAAGGUGGAUAUCAUAAAUAAUAAUUGAUGCCCCAGAAAUAUUCAGCUUCUUCAGUAUUAUGCUAAUCUCUCAGCUUGUACGCUGUCCUUUCUUAUGUCUUUCUGCACUGACUGUUUGUCUGUGUGUGACAAGACCUGAGGUGUUUUUGAUAUUUAUGCAAGUCAUCGGCCAAAGCAGCACAUUUUGCCGCAGUAUGUGUAUAUCUUGAAAAACAAACGCAAAUAGCGAGUUAAUUCUUUAUUUUGGCGUUUUAAUAAAAAGAUUUCAUGCUGCAUAGGCAAAUGAAUUAUUUGUAAAUGUGGUUUGGACUGCAGCUCAUAAAUCCUGAAGUUUUAUUGCACUCACGAGUUUUUCAUAUUUUGAAGGAUUUACACCACAAUAUAAAUGUUUAAUAUCAACUGUCAUAUGUAUGGGUGUAAUGCAAUCACAAACUGACUGUAUACCACUUGUAAACUUGUAAAAGGAUAGUGAUGUUGAGUCAAAGGAUUUUUUUUAAAUAAACGCUAUGGAUUGUAAUUCAUCUAAUUUACCAAUAAGAGUGACUUAUUUAUUCUCAGGUCCUUUACAGUGUUUUUGCCAAGCAUGCCAAAAACAUCAUUUGUGAACGUCAUUGUCGGUAGUAUCCUUUUUUUCUGUGUGUGAUUUGUUUUUGCAGAAAUAUUGUAACACCAUUCACCCUAAUGCCUCAGAAGCACCACACACAAGCCUUUACAGUAUUGUUUGAAAAGUGCCUGUUAUUUCAAUCACCAUGUUCUCUCCCAAUGCUGUAAUGACUUAUUUAUUAAAUAAACCCCCAAAAGAG